GUCAUCACUCAGCGACAGAACCCUCUUGUGCUCGGCGCAUGCGCAGUGUCUCUGAUCUUUGUUGUUGUCCAGCAUGGCGCUCAGUAAAACGUUUGGGCAGAAGCCGGUGAAGUUCCAGCUGGAGGAGGACGGAGACUUCUACAUGAUCGGGUCGGAGGUGGGAAACUACCUCCGUAUGUUCAGAGGCUCCCUGUAUAAAAGAUACCCGUCAUUAUGGAGAAAACUGGCAUCAGUAGAAGAACGAAAGAAGAUCGUGGAGUCAUCACACGAUCACGGCUACACUCAGCUGGCCACCAGUGUGACUCUGCUGAAGGCUUCGGAGGUCGAGGAGAUCCUCGACGGGAACGACGAGAAGUACAAAGCUGUCUCCAUCAGCACGGAGCCCCCCGCCUACCUCAGGGAGCAGAAGGCGAAGAGGAACAGUCAGUGGGUUCCCACGCUGCCCAACAGUUCUCACCACCUGGACGCGGUUCCCUGCUCCACCACCAUCAACCGUAGCCGACUGGGCCGUGACAAGAAGAGGACUUUCCCUCUGUGCUUCGACGACCACGAUCCAGCAGUGAUCCACGAGAACGCCACUCAGUCUGAAGUUCUGGUUCCGAUCCGUCUGGACAUGGAGAUCGAGGGACAGAAGCUCAGAGACGCUUUCACGUGGAAUAUGAACGAGAAGCUGAUGACGCCCGAGAUGUUCGCUGAGAUCCUCUGUGACGACCUGGACCUCAACCCGCUGGCCUUCGUCCCGGCCAUCGCCUCCGCCAUCCGACAGCAGAUCGAGUCUUACCCGACAGACAGCAUCCUGGAGGAGCAGACGGACCAGCGGGUCAUCAUCAAGUUGAACAUCCACGUUGGGAACAUUUCUCUGGUGGACCAGUUUGAGUGGGAUAUGUCUGAGAGGGAGAACUCUCCGGAGAAGUUUGCCCUGAAGCUCUGCUCUGAGCUCGGCCUGGGCGGCGAGUUCGUCACCACCAUCGCCUACAGCAUUCGCGGCCAGCUGAGCUGGCACCAGAGGACAUACGCCUUCAGUGAGAACCCGCUGCCCACGGUGGAGAUCGCCAUCAGAAACACGGGCGAUGCCGACCAGUGGUGCCCCCUGCUGGAGACGCUGACAGACGCAGAGAUGGAGAAGAAGAUCAGAGAUCAGGACAGAAACACGAGGCGAAUGAGGCGACUGGCGAACACGCCUGCGUGGUAGAAGCAGCAGCAUCAGGCCCCCCCCCCACCUCCCCUACAGCAGGAACGGCACUUGUCUUGAUUGAGGUAUGACCGCUGUCACGGUUCGCAACAUCGGCAACAAAGACGUCCCUCCACAUCGCAUGGCUGGAUGUCUUUAUCUGCUCCUCCGGGUUCUCAGUCAGCUGUUCACCGUGGUAUUUUUUUUAUUUUUUAUUAUUAUUAAUGUUAAUAUUAUGUUCUGUUUGGCAAAAAAAAAAAAACCCCGGUAGAAAAUCCUUCGUGUUUUCCCUUCGGACCCCUCGACGGCGUGGAGAAGCUGCUCUCACUUUGACCACUGACUCUCUUGACCUGACCACAGAGGGAGGAAAAAAAAACACACAGCCAGUCUCAGAUAAUAUAUUGUUAUGUUGUAUUUGUUGUCUUUUUGUACAUUUUAAUAAUUCUUACAAAAUAAAAAAAAAAAAGUGAAAGAGCUUGA